ACGCCCGAUGCCGGGAGCCGCGUGUUGCUGGAACCCCGCUGGGCUCUCGCCGGCCCCGGAGGGGGAGGGGGGGGAGGAGGAGGAGGAGGAAGGAGAGAGAGAAUGCUUCUUACUGGGGGGUUUUGGCGCCACUUUUGUUUUAGAUAGUGUUCCUCUGCCCCCUCCUCCUCGGCACGCACUGAACUGAGCUGAACCCUGCCCAGAAGUUGCCCACUACAAAGGAAGAAAGAAAAGUAAGCUUGCAUUUCAGACUGCUUUUUGAAUAUCUUUCUAAUACAGUGGUGUUCCAGAAGAUGAUAAAGAAAUGAUAGCAGCUCCAGAAAUACCAACUGAUUUUACUCUCCUUCAGGAGUCUGAAACACACUUCUCUUCUGAUACAGACUUUGAGGAUAUUGAAGGAAAAAACCAAAAACAAGGCAAAGGCAAAACCUGUAAAAAAGGAAAAAAAGGACCAGCAGAGAAGGGGAAAAGUGGAAACGGAGGAGGGAAACCUGGUGGUCCAAAUCGGAUGAAUGGACAUCACCAACAGAAUGGUGUGGAAAACAUGAUGCUGUUUGAGGUAGUUAAAAUGGGCAAGAGUGCUAUGCAGUCUGUAGUGGAUGACUGGAUAGAGUCGUACAAACAUGACAGAGAUAUAGCACUUCUUGAUCUCAUUAACUUCUUUAUUCAGUGUUCAGGCUGCAAAGGAGUUGUUACAGCAGAGAUGUUCCGACAUAUGCAGAAUUCUGAAAUAAUCCGAAAAAUGACUGAAGAAUUUGAUGAGGAUAGCGGAGAUUAUCCGCUAACUAUGGCUGGCCCCCAGUGGAAGAAGUUCAAAUCCAGUUUUUGUGAGUUCAUUGGAGUCCUCGUCCGACAAUGUCAAUAUAGCAUCAUUUAUGAUGAGUAUAUGAUGGAUACUGUCAUUUCACUGCUCACGGGGCUGUCAGACUCACAAGUCAGAGCAUUUCGGCACACGAGCACACUGGCAGCCAUGAAGCUGAUGACUGCUUUAGUGAAUGUGGCAUUAAAUCUUAGUAUUAACAUGGACAACACACAGCGGCAGUAUGAAGCAGAACGAAAUAAAAUAAUUGGGAAACGAGCUAAUGAUAGGCUGGAACUCUUACUACAGAAAAGAAAGGAGCUUCAAGAAAAUCAGGAUGAAAUAGAAAACAUGAUGAAUGCAAUAUUUAAAGGUGUUUUUGUGCAUAGAUACCGAGAUGCAAUUGCUGAAAUCAGAGCCAUCUGCAUUGAAGAGAUUGGAAUAUGGAUGAAGAUGUACAGUGAUGCCUUUCUCAAUGACAGCUACUUAAAAUAUGUGGGGUGGACUAUGCAUGAUAAGCAAGGGGAAGUAAGACUCAAAUGCCUAACUGCUUUGCAAGGGCUUUACUAUAAUAAAGAGCUUAAUUCCAAAUUGGAACUCUUCACCAGUCGGUUCAAGGAUAGAAUUGUGUCUAUGACUCUUGACAAAGAAUAUGAUGUUGCAGUCCAAGCAAUAAAAUUACUCACUCUUGUUUUACAGAGUAGUGAAGAAGUUCUGACUGCAGAAGACUGUGAAAAUGUCUACCACCUGGUUUAUUCAGCUCACCGACCAGUAGCAGUUGCCGCAGGGGAAUUUCUUUACAAAAAGCUUUUCAGCCGCAGAGAUGCUGAAGAUGAUGGAAUACUUAAAAGGAGAGGAAGACAAAGCCCGAAUGCUAAUCUUGUGAAGACAUUAGUGUUUUUCUUUUUGGAAAGUGAAUUGCAUGAACAUGCUGCUUAUCUUGUGGACAGCAUGUGGGACUGUGCAACAGACCUCCUGAAGGACUGGGAAUGUAUGAACAGUCUUCUGCUGGAGGAGCCUCUCAAUGGAGAAGAACCUUUAACGGAUAGACAGGAAAGUGCACUGAUCGAAAUAAUGCUUUGUACAAUUCGGCAAGCGGCUGAAUGUCAUCCUCCUGUGGGAAGAGGAACAGGAAAAAGGGUGCUGACAGCAAAGGAAAAGAAAACCCAACUGGAUGACAGGACAAAAAUUACUGAACUUUUUGCAGUGGCACUCCCUCAGUUGCUAGCAAAGUAUUCUGUAGACGCAGAAAAAGUCACCAACUUACUGCAGUUGCCACAGUACUUUGAUUUGGAAAUUUAUACAACAGGACGAUUAGAAAAGCAUUUGGAUGCCUUACUGCGACAAAUCCGGGAUAUUGUGGAGAAACACACAGAUAUAGAUGUUUUGGAAGCCUGUUCAAAAACGUACCACGCUCUCUGUAAUGAAGAAUUCACAAUCUUUAACAGGGUUGACAUUGCAAGAAGUCAGUUAAUAGAUGAAUUGGCAGACAAGUUUAAUCGACUUCUUGAGGACUUCCUGCAAGAGGGGGAGGAACCUGAUGAAGAUGAUGCAUAUCAAGUCUUGUCAACACUGAAGAGAAUCACUGCUUUUCACAAUGCUCAUGACCUAUCAAGAUGGGACUUGUUUAGCUGCAACUACAAGUUAUUGAAAACUGGUAUUGAAAAUGGAGACAUGCCAGAACAGAUUGUUAUUCAUGCACUGCAGUGCACUCAUUAUGUAAUCCUUUGGCAGCUAGCAAAAGUUACUGAAAGCAGUUCCACAAAGGAGGAUCUUCUACGUCUGAAGAAGCAGAUGAGAGUGUUCUGUCAAAUCUGUCAACACUACCUGACCAAUGUAAACACUGCUGUUAAGGAACAGGCUUUCACAAUUCUGUGUGAUGUGUUGAUGAUCUUCAGUCAUCAGAUUAUGACAGGAGGACGUGACAUGUUGGAGCCACUUGUUUACACUCCUGAUUCUUCAUUGCAGUCUGAACUACUCAGUUUUAUUUUAGAUCAUGUCUUCAUUGAUCAGGAUGACGAUAAUAAUAGUGCAGAUGGACAGCAGGAUGAUGAAGCAAGCAAAAUUGAAGCAUUGCACAAAAGAAGAAAUCUACUUGCAGCUUUCUGUAAGCUCAUUGUAUAUACUGUGGUGGAAAUGAACACAGCUGCAGACAUUUUCAAGCAAUAUAUGAAGUAUUACAAUGACUAUGGUGAUAUUAUUAAAGAAACAAUGAGUAAAACAAGACAGAUAGACAAAAUCCAGUGUGCUAAGACACUUAUUCUUAGUUUGCAGCAGCUUUUCAAUGAAAUGAUUCAAGAAAAUGGUUAUAAUUUCGACAGAUCUUCACCGACAUUCAGUGGCAUAAAGGAACUUGCUCGACGUUUUGCUUUAACGUUUGGAUUGGAUCAGUUGAAAACAAGAGAAGCUAUUGCUAUGUUACACAAGGAUGGCAUAGAAUUUGCUUUUAAGGAGCCUAAUCCACAAGGUGAGAGCCACCCACCAUUAAAUUUGGCAUUUCUUGAUAUCCUGAGUGAGUUCUCCUCCAAACUUCUCAGACAAGACAAAAGAACAGUGUAUGUUUACUUGGAGAAGUUCAUGACCUUUCAGAUGUCUCUACGAAGAGAAGAUGUGUGGCUUCCUCUCAUGUCCUACAGAAACUCUUUACUAGCUGGUGGGGAUGAUGAUACUAUGUCAGUGAUUAGUGGUAUUAGUAGUCGAGGAUCUACAGUAAGAAAUAAGAAGACAAAACCAGCAACAGGCAAGCGGAAAGUACCUGAAGCUGAAGAAAGCAGCAGUAGUGACAGUAUGUGGCUGAACAGGGAGCAGUCGAUGCACACACCAGUCAUGAUGCAGACACCUCAGCUGACUUCCACAAUAAUGAGGGAGCCCAAGCGAUUGCGACCUGACGAGAAUUACAUGGGGGUCUAUCCUAUGCAGCCCGAGCACCACCAAGCUCCCCUCGAUUACAACACGCAAGUAACGUGGAUGUUGGCUCAAAGGCAACAGGAAGAAGCCGCGCGACAACAACAGGAGAGGGCAGCGAUGAACUACGUCAAGCUGAGAAGCAACUUGCAACACGCCAUUCGACGUGGCACAAGUCUAAUGGAAGAUGAUGAGGAGCCAAUUGUUGAAGAUGUGAUGAUGUCAUCAGAAGGGCGGAUCGAAGAUCUUAAUGAAGGCAUGGAUUUCGACACCAUGGACAUAGACCUACCACCAUCAAAGAACAGGAGAGAAAGAACGGAACUAAAACCAGAUUUCUUUGACCCCGCUUCAAUCAUGGAUGAAUCGGUUCUUGGGGUGUCAAUGUUUUAAUACCAGAACAGCAAAUAAAUCAGUGGUGAAGUCAUUUUCUAAGUGGAAGAGGAAGUUUUUCAAUACAAAAUUGUGGUAGAUACAGUGAAAUUCUGAACAGAUUUUUCUCUAAGGAGAAUGACAUGCUUUCAAGAUCAAGUGCAUUGAAGGGGCAGUUUUGUUUGCCUGAAAAAAAAAAAAAGAAAUGUAAAGGACAAGUAAACAAUUUGAGGAUAAGCUACACUUUUUGUUGGGAAAACAAAUCAAUAUUUUAUUUAUGUGCUAUCAGUUUAUUUCCGGAUCAUAAGAAGUAUUCCCUCUGAGUUUUAUUCUAACAGUCUGAGAGGUGUUUGGUACAGAUUUGAGCCCCUCUCUAUACAUUUGCUGGCUGUACUAAAUAAUCAUAAACUCUGCUGGAUUGCUGUUCACAUCCAUGAACUGAAAUAGUAGAUGGAUUGGUUUUCUUACAGUGAUAGAACCAGAAGAGUUGUCAGUAUUUUCAAUUAAAUGCAAACUUCAGCAACAGAAGGUUUGUAUUAAUUAAUCAUGGAAAAAAAAGUACAUAAAGCAGAACUUUAACAGCUUUUUAAUCUAAAACACACUUUUAUUCCAAAAGCUUCAUGUUAGCCUUCUCAGAAAGGUCCAUAAACUAUGAGCUACCAGAACGUAACAGAUCUCACUCAUGCUUGCCCAUUACCAACCCUGAAAGUUUGCUUGUCCUUUAAGAAAAAUGUAAUGUUGUGAAAUUCCUUCCAGUAGUGCCACUGUAUUUUGUCUCCAAAUAAAAGAAGCUUAUUGUAGUAUGUUUGCAGAAAAAUUCUAAACAAAAAUUAUACAGCUUAUUAGAGUGUGGGAAUAGGGAUCUAAAUUUUAAAUAAAAUUAUAUAUAUAUAUAAAUUGGUGCUGAUUUUAUAAUUGCGCAGUUUGUUUAGUUUUUUCUUACUUUUAAAUUCCAACUUAAAAUUAUGAGGUUUCAGAAAUAUAUUGAAAGUUUAACAAUGUUUAAAAAUAGAAGAGCAUGAGAAUUCAUGCUUUAAAAAUGAUUUUUAAAUUUGUAUUUUAUAUUGUUUUAUCUAUCUGUCUUUGCAAGCAGUCUUCAGGUUAAAGAUACUUCUAACAGGUUACAGUACAUUUCCUCUGUAUGUAAAUUAGAUUGGAUAAUAGAAAUUCAUAAACAACCCAUAAUAUUCUUUGAAAGCUAAGCUUUAAACUUCGUUUUGUGUCCAUUCACAAAUAAAUUAAAUUUGGUCUAAAACAGAAAGUGGAUUUAUGCCAUUUUGACAUCGACUCAUUUUGCAAGGCUUAGGCAGCUAGACAUCAUUUUAAAGGAAAUAUUAACUUAUAUUACAUAUGUAUAUUUUUUGUCAGUUGUCUCUCAGUUCUUGAGGUAUAUUAUUUUAAUCAUUCCAUGCCUUAAUACGCUUGCAAUACAAGAAUCUCCCCAAAUGGGUGAAUACAAAAAGGCUUCCUGUUUUUAGACUCAGAAAUUAAACAUUCGGCUGUGGUAGCCAAAAACCAUAGAUUAUCUAAAGGAUCAUGAUAAAAUAUAAUUAUUUUACUAAGUCAUGGGGUAACAACAAACUCAAAACUAGAUCUGCCUAACUCAUUUUACAUAAAUAAAUAUUCUCAUGUCUAAAAGUACUGCCUAUAUUGUUUUUCACACCACUGCAUUUAAUAGAACUGCUGAGAGGACUGUAUAUAUGAUUUUAAACCUAAGUUGAUUUUUCUUACUCUUGAAGGAGUGUUUCUUUGUGAAAGCAGUUCUUACAGCUUUGUUUUCAACCAGCUAAAAAUGUUUUAUAUAUUUACCUUAACCUGUUGUCCUCCACAUUCUAUUGUCCUAAUUGUACUGUUUUCUGAUUUGUAUUUAUGUCUUGAGACAGUAACUUUUUGAAUAAAAAUAAACCUACAGUAUGUUGUA